GUCAAUCACCCCGCAGCAACGGCCGCUCCUCGCGCUCUCUCUCGCCCCGUCGGCGCUUUUCCCUCUUUCCCUUCGGCUUCGCUCCGUUUACCCGAGUUGCGGAGCCGCUCGCGGGCCGUGGCGGAGCGGCGGGAGGCAGCAUGACGGCGGAGGCGCGGGGGGCCCCCGGCGGCGGUUGAAGGCGGAGAAGGGGCGUGUGGAAGCGAGCGACCGGAGAGCGGGGGGUGGGAGCAGCCUCCCCGGGCGGCGCGGCGCGGGGUAGUCCGGCCGAUGACAGCGGGAUCGGCGCUGAGGCGGCCGAGGAGCGAGCGAGGCAGGCGGCAGCGGGCUGAGCCGGGCGGGCGGCGGGUCCGGCCCUGAGGAGGAGAGCGGCCGCCCGCCCGCUCGCCGGAAAGUUUGGCGAGCGCCCGCCCCGCCGGGCAAAGUUGCCGUCGGGUUUGUUUGUUUGUUUUUCCUUUUCCUCCCCCCUUCCGCUCCCCCCCGCCUCCCCUGGAGCCGGCUCGGCGCGGGGAGGAAAUUGCGAGGGAAGCAGGAACUCGGGAGCCGGGCGCAGCCCGGAUCCAGGAGGCUCGGGAGCACGGAGCGCGUCCCCUCGGGCGGCCGCCCCAGUCCCGGGCUGUGCGCGGGGGCAGCAAGCUUUUCUUUUUCUAUUUUUUUCCUUUAUCUUUUAUUUUUAUUUUUUUCUCCUUCCUCCCGAACCCCAUUUUUUGCCCGCCCGCUUCUCCCUCCGCUUUAAUAUAUGCUUCUGGAGAGCGACGUCCCCCCGCGCCGCCUCACCGCCCAGCCAUGUCGGCGGCCAUCUCUGCCGCGGAGAAAGUGGAUGGCUUCACACGGAAAUCGGUGCGCAAGGCUCAGAGGCAGAAGCGCUCGCAGGGCUCCUCGCAGUUCCGCAGCCAGAGCAGCCAGGUGGAGCUCUCGCCGCUGCCCCAGCUCAAAGAUGCCACCUCCAAUGAACAGCAAGAUCUUUUUUGUCAGAAGUUGCAGCAGUGUUGUGUGCUCUUUGACUUCAUGGACUCUGUUUCAGACCUGAAAGGCAAAGAAAUUAAGAGAGCAACACUGAAUGAACUGGUUGAAUAUGUUUCAACGAAUCGUGGAGUGAUUGUUGAAUCAGCUUAUGCUGACAUAGUGAAAAUGAUUAGUUCUAAUAUUUUCAGAACACUUCCACCUAGUGAUAACCCGGAUUUUGAUCCAGAAGAAGAUGAGCCAACUCUUGAAGCCUCGUGGCCCCACAUACAGUUGGUGUAUGAAUUUUUCCUAAGAUUUUUGGAAAGCCCGGAUUUUCAGCCUAGUAUUGCAAAGAGAUUCAUUGACCAGAAAUUUGUACAGCAGUUACUGGAGCUCUUUGAUAGUGAGGACCCACGAGAACGUGAUUUCCUGAAGACAGUUCUUCAUCGAAUUUAUGGCAAAUUCCUUGGUUUAAGAGCAUUCAUCAGAAAACAGAUCAAUAACAUUUUCCUCAGGUUUAUAUAUGAAACAGAGCACUUCAAUGGUGUUGCUGAACUUCUUGAGAUAUUAGGAAGUAUUAUCAAUGGUUUUGCACUGCCACUGAAAGCGGAACACAAACAGUUCCUUAUGAAAGUUCUGAUUCCCAUGCAUACUGCAAAGGGAUUAGCUUUGUUUCACGCACAGCUCGCCUAUUGUGUUGUACAGUUCCUGGAGAAAGAUACAACUUUAACAGAGCCUGUAAUCAGAGGACUGCUCAAAUUCUGGCCCAAAACUUGCAGUCAGAAAGAGGUAAUGUUUUUAGGUGAAAUUGAAGAAAUCUUAGAUGUAAUAGAGCCGACACAAUUCAAAAAAAUAGAAGAGCCUUUAUUUAAGCAAAUAUCCAAGUGUGUGUCAAGUUCACAUUUUCAGGUUGCAGAAAGAGCUUUGUACUUUUGGAAUAAUGAAUAUAUUCUUAGUCUGAUUGAGGAGAACAUCGAUAAAAUUCUACCAAUUAUGUUUGGUAGUUUAUACAAGAUCUCCAAAGAACACUGGAACCCAACCAUCGUGGCACUGGUAUAUAAUGUGCUGAAAACACUGAUGGAAAUGAACGGCAAGCUUUUUGAUGAGCUUACCAGCUCGUAUAAAGCAGAAAGGCAAAGAGAGAAAAAGAAGGAAUUGGAACGUGAAGAGCUGUGGAGAAAGCUAGAGGAGUUAAAGCUGAAGAAGGCGAUGGCAGAGAAGCAGAACAGCACUCACAACGUGCUCAAUGCACACAAUACAAGUGCCAAAUAAAUGACAGCCUCCACUCAGCAAACAUACUUUUUUGUACCCUUUUGAAAUACGUAAAAAUUUGCAAAAUAAACCUCCUCAGUACAGUAGGAACAGCCAACUUUUCUCUGGCUACGUGUAAAUGAAAAGAUUUGAAUUUAAAUACAGCAUUUAAGUGAUGUCAGUACCACGGCAUAUUGUAAAUUUGUCUGAUUAUCGAUAUCCUGUCACUUCCAGCGUUUCAUAGAACUGAAUUAUCAUCCUUAAUGAGUGAAAUAAUUACGGGAGUGGUGAGAAUUAUGACUUGAAUUUUUGAUUGUGUUGCACAUAGGUGGUAUAGUUUGCUAUGUACAUUUUUUCCUUGUUUUAUAUGUGCUUUUCACAUCGCUGCAUACCUUGGUGAAGAUGAUGGAAAAGGCUUCUAGCGGUGCUGUAUUUUCUCAAAUAAAACCAAGGUCCGUUACCAGUAGCAUGAGACACGCAGUGUGUGUCCCUCACAGCACUGGAAGGAUCUCUCAGGUUCUUGAAUUCCUGACUGAAUUCACAUUUAGGUUUUUGUAUAAGGUCACUUACCAUGAGAUGAAAUAGGGAGAGAAGGUCAGCUUGAACAGGGCAGGAUGGCCCACGUGCUUGGCUGCACGCAGUGAGUGCCUCUACGCUCUCCUCACUGCCUCUGGGUCCUGGGCUUACUUAAAAUUUCCUCCUGCUGCAGCUGAGGAUGGAGCUUCCCUUAGAGAGCCCGUCAAUGAUGCUCCUGCUCAGCCCACGGAGGGCUGCAGAUAAGCACAGUUCUCCUAGAGACUGCCCAUCCCUUGUGGCCAUUUCUGCAUUACUUUUAGCACCUUGUGGAUGGAAGAGCAAUACCAAAAGGGGGAAUCUUUUUCCUUUUAGUAAGGAGGAAAGGCUGUCAGUAACUAGUUCCUUGUUUUAUUUAAAGAAAAUGCAGUCCACUUCUUGAAAGUGGAAAGUUGACGAGGGAAGUCUUGUCUGUCACCUGAUCAAGUAUUUUUCACAUCUUUUAUCAGAGUACCAUUCCAAUCUCUUAAAUUGCAGUUGUGUGGAAAACUUUUGUAAUGAAAGAUCUUUGGGGAAUUGAGCAGCAUUCAAUAAAGUCUUUAUGUUUGUA